CAGUCUUUUGACAACAUUCAAUGUGCUUGGGCGCUGAGACAAGAAUUUUUUUUAUUUUGAAUUCAAUUCCGUAAAACAAUCAUUUCGACUGAAAAAUGACCCAAUUACCGUACAAAGUUGCUGAUAUCUCGUUGGCCGAAUGGGGACGUAAGGAGAUCGUUUUGGCGGAAAAUGAGAUGCCUGGUUUGAUGGCAUGGCGCAAAAAGUACGGUACAUCGAAACCGUUGAAAGGUGCUCGUAUUGCCGGUUGUUUGCAUAUGUGCAUUACAACCGCUGUUUUGAUCGAGACAUUGACCGAAUUGGGGGCUGAAGUUCAGUGGUCAUCUUGUAACAUUUUCAGUACACAAGAUCAUGCAGCAGCUACUAUUGCUGCUACUGGCGUCCGUGUAUUUGCCUGGAAAGGUGAAACCGACGAAGAAUACCUUUGGUGUAUUGACCAGACGCUUGUCUUCCCAAACGGACAACCAUUGAACAUGAUUCUAGAUGAUGGUGGUGAUCUCACUAACUUGUUCCAUGAAAAAUACCCACAAUAUUUGCCCGGAAUUCGCGGUAUUACAGAAAAAACCACUACUGGCGUUCAUAAUAAUUUGUACAGAAUCGUCAAAGAAGGCAAAUUGGGAACACCAGCCAUCAAUGUCAACGACUCAGAUACGAAAAAUGCUGCACGGAUAGAAGUGGUGCCAGAAUUUCAUGAACCAUUGAAAUUGACAACAAUAAACAAUGAUUGCCAACAAUUGAUAUUCGAGUUCUUGGAAUGGAAAGAAUUAAUAUUGCUGCAGCCAGCAACUUUACUCAUCGGCGUGUAUGGUCUUCAAACGAAAAUAUGGAAAGGCCAAAAUUAAUAUUACACAUCCUGG